GCCGGUGCCCUGUGUCCUUUGGACACAGCAGAUCACAGAAAGAGCCGAAGAUGUCGGCUCGGUCAUGUGAUCAGCUGUGUCCAAUCACAGCUGAUCACAUGGGACAUGUACACUGAUCAUCAGGGCACUGAUGAUCAGUGUGCCCUGAUGAUCAGUGUGGCCCCAGAAGUGCCACCUGUCAGUGUCCAUCAGUGCCAGCAGUCAGUGCUCAUCAGUGCCACGUGCCAGUGCUCAUCAGUGCCACGUGACAGUGCUCAUCAGUGCCACAUCAAUGCCACAUAUCAGUGCAUACCAGUGCACAUAAAUGCCAUAUAUCAGUGCCCAUCUGAGCUGCUUUUCAAUGUCACCCAUCAGUGCCAGUCAAUGCCACCUAUCAAUGCCAAUCAGUGCCACCUAUCAGUGCCAGUCAGUGUCGCCUAUCAGUGCGCAUCAGUGCCGCCUAUCAGUGUCAGUCAGUGCCGCCUAACAGUGCCAGUCAGUGCUGCCUAUCAGUGCCAUAUAUCAGUGUCAUGUAUCAGUGCUGCCUUUCAGUGCCCAUCAGUGAUGCCUGUCAAUGCCCAUCAGUGCAAACUGCCAGUGCCUCCUCAUCAGUGCCCAUCAGUGCCACCUAUCAGU